AUGCCUGCCACCCAACGAGCCGGACGAGCGUCCGCCCACUCCCCGACCGCAACCACCACCACCACCACCGCUUCCGGUGCCGGCAUGACGCGGUCCGCGACGCCGCGCACCUCGCCCCUCGUCCCGACGCCCGUCGAGCGGCUCGCGCUCGGCCUGUUCCCGGCGCUCCUCGUCUUCGGCUCGCUCUUCGCGCUACUCUCGCCCGAGACGCGGGCGCUCACCUACGACGCGGGGUCGCAGUCGCACCGGGCGGCCGACGGCGGCGAGGCGCCCAACUACUUUGCGCGCAAGAGCAACCUCUUCAAUGUCUACUUUGUCAAGCGCGGCUGGGGCUGGACCUCGGCGGCGCUGCUCGCCUUUGUGCUCCUGCACCCGGCCGUGGCCUCGCCGGGGGCGCGCGCCCGCGCCGCGGCGCGCUGGGCCGCCGUCACGACCUGGUGGGUGCUGGUCGUGCAGUGGUGCUUUGGCGCGCCCAUGAUUGACCGCGGCUUCCGCUGGACCGGCGGCCAGUGCCAGCUCGCGGAGCUCGACGUCGCGGCGGGCACGGCGGAUGCCGGCGCGGUGCUCACGGCCGUCGCGUGCAAGGCAUCAGGCGGGCGGUGGAGUGGCGGGCACGACAUCUCGGGCCACGUCUUCUUGCUGACGCUCGGCUCUGCCCUGCUGAUGCACGAGGUGCUGUGGCCGCUCGCGCGCUGGGCCGGCUGGUACGCGGACGAGCGCUGCGUGGUCAUGCCCGACGGCGCGCUCAAGGGCGCCAACGUCGAGGCUGAGAUGGCGCCCGGCGCGGUGGGCAGCAGGCGGGCCGAAACGGUGCUCGGGUACGGGGGCAAGUUUGCGCUCGGCGUCUUGGCGCUGAACCUGUGGAUGCUGCUCAUGACGGCCAUUUACUUUCAUACGUGGUUUGAAAAGUUGACUGGACUGUUGACAGCGUUCGUGGCGAUUUACGCCGUAUACUAUGUACCACGGUUCGUGCCUGCGCUGCGGCAAGUCGUCGGGAUCCCAGGGAUUUAG